AUGGCUGAAAAUUCACCGAAACGCAUCAUUGCAACAGCGGGCCUAGCCGCAAAGAUCAUGGUGUUGACCGCGCUUGACCAUGUCUACUUGGCGGCGGCCGCGGAGGCCCAGGCGGUGCCGACCUGUGGCUUCCAGGUCGGCGGCGCUGUUUGCGGUGACGGCCGCUGCUGCAGCAGGUUCGGCUACUGCGGGUCCGGUCCAGCCUACUGCGGCUUCGGCUGUCAGAGCAACUGUCAUGAGGGUCCUGCGCCCGCACCCACACCCACUCUCGCUGGCGUGGAGCUGGUGAAGGUAGGCGAGCAGUGUGGCAUUCAGGCUGGCGGCGCCAUGUGCGCUAACAACCUUUGCUGCAGCCAGUUCGGCUUCUGCGGGCUCGGCGCCAAGUAUUGUGGCGUUGGCUGCCAGAGCCAGUGCUCGGGGCCAUGA